AUGGGGCGCAAUCAAGGGGAUGUUUUUCACAUGACAUGCUCCGGGCCAAUCGAUGAUACUCUUAGGGAGGCCAUGAAACAGAUCGCGGCUGCCAAGGGCUGGAAUUGCUUCGUGGUCGACAACAAGAACAAUACGGUCUACUUCAAAAGUCUUCCCGAUGCUGAGCAAUUUGAGAAAGUCGAUGGGGGCCAUUGGGAUUCAUACGUUGAGUAUCCAGUUCCCUGGACGUACCUGCCAGGUGUGGGCGUCGCACGAGGUCAAGGUGAUGUUUUCAACAUAGCCUGCUCGGGGCCACUCGAUGAUACUCUUGUAGAGGCCAUGAAACAGAUGGCGGCUGCCAAGGGCUGGAAUUGUCCACUUCAAGAGCUUCCACGAUACCAGCAAGUUUGA